AAUGUUUUUCAUCGUUCUCAUUCAGGGCGCUUGGCUCCCCUGACCGCAGCUACUAUAGUUACCACUAUACUACAUCAUUUCGAUGUUAACGACGCGGAAACGUUAGUUUGUAUUUGACGCUAAUAUUCGCGGAAAAUGGAGUUACCUGUUACAUAUUGUUUAUGUGGCCGCCCGUACGAUUUCGAGCAGUUCAUGAUACAAUGUGACGUUUGCAAAGAAUGGUAUCAUGGAGGGUGUGUAUCCAUAAAGGAGUAUAUGUCCAUAGAUCUUGACAAAUAUCAUUGUCCACGUUGUGAAACAAUGUGCGGGCCAUCUCUCAUGAAAGUAAGAUUGAACUGGCAUAGACACGAUUACUCUGAACCUGAUGCCGAUGCGAAACCAGUUCAGACUGGCACACCUGUUUUCAUAAGAGAAUUAAAAUCUAGGCAUUUUCCAAAAGCUGACGAAGUCGUUAAACAUAUCAGGGGACAGCAGUUGACUCUUCAAUAUCUACAAACUAAUGGAUUCGAAGCUCCCAUCAUAAUAGAUGGAAAGGAUGGACUUGACAUGACCGUUCCACCUCCAAAUUUCAGUGUUUACGACAUAGAAAGUUAUAUAGGUGGGGAUCGAGACAUGGAUGUAAUUGAUGUUACAAGACAAAGUAAUAUCAGAAUGAAAUUAAGAGACUUUGUCGAAUAUUACAAUUCCCCUUGUAGAACAAGAGUUCUUAAUGUGAUUAGUCUUGAAUUUACAAAUACUGGUCUUUCACCAAUGGUCGAAGCACCAUACAUCGCGCGUAAGCUCGACUGGGUUAAUAGUGUUUGGCCGCGCGAUUGGCCCGAGGAUAGCGACAUAAAACGUCCUGAAGUACAAAAGUAUUGCCUAAUGGGAGUCAAAGACAGUUUCACAGAUUUUCACAUCGAUUUCGGUGGCACGUCCGUCUGGUAUCACGUACUGCGCGGAGAGAAGGUGUUUUAUCUAAUCAAGCCUACACCAGCGAAUUUGCAACUGUAUCAGCAUUGGAUGUGCAGCUCGACCCAGAGCGAAACUUUCUUCGGAGAUCAAGCCGAUGCGUGUUACAAAUGCAUUUUGAAACAGGGCCAAACUAUGAUGAUCCCAACGGGUUGGAUUCAUGCCGUAUUGACUCCUGUUGAUUCUUUGGUUUUCGGCGGAAACUUUGUACAUAGUCUUAACAUUCCAAUGCAAAUUCAAAUAUACGAAUUGGAGAGAAAAAUGAAAACUCCUACCAAAUUUCAAUAUCCCGGCUUCGAAACGGUAAAUUGGUUCGCAGCAAAAAAAUUGUUAAAAGAAUUGAAGGAAUUAAAUAACGAGGGAAAGAAGUGUCCGACGUACCUUUUGCACGGUGUGAAAGCGUUGCUCAGUAUUUUGAAACAGUGGAACACAGACAAGGAUUAUAAUAUGAUCAGCAGGAGUCAAAUACCGGAUAAUAUAAACAGUCAAAAAUUGUUGAAAGAUUUUAGCAAAGAAAUUCGGCACGCGGAAAGAUAUUUGAUAUCUUUAAAUCCCCCGAAACCAGAACGAGAAAGUAAGCGAAAGAAAAAGAAACCACUGAACAAAGAUUUUGUGGAUUACGACGUUGCCGAUAAAAUGGCCAAUAAUCCUUUCAAAGCAACAUUGAAGGAAACCAGUAAAGCAGAAUCCACUAUCAUCGAAUCUCCGUCGUCCGGUAGACCGCCGUUAAAGUUAACUUUACCGAAACCAAUCAUGUAUCCGUAUUCCGAUAGUCAAAAAUCAGCGUUAGAAGAGAAAGGAAGUUCGAUCCCUGCGAUUAGCAAUAAGCGAUUGGCAAAACCAGGGAAGCAAAGCCCGACUGUGAUCAGAUUUAAACUGGGCAACAACGAAGUCGUGAGGAGUACUCACGACAACAUAAACGAUGGUACUGUAACUUCGAAACGUCCACUUGGGCCGCCGAAGGAGUUGACUUGGAAACAGACUUCCAUAUAUGAUUUUCACGAUGGUAGCAACGAAAGCGAUUACGGUCGAUUCACCAUCGAUGAAUCGCCGAAACGGAAGAGAGCUCCUAAAGGAAACGCGCAGAAACGAUUGAAGCGUGAUUAUGACGGAGACGUUGACGUUUUGAACGAUGUACCAAAGAACGGUAUAGAAGAAUUAUUGAAAGCUUCAGUAUACACUUUGGGAAACGGUGCUCAAAGAUUAGAUGUGACGACGACGUCCCUGAUGCCGCACAGUUACAAUCAACCUAUGCCACCGUCUACCGGUUCUGGCAGGGCAUCACCAUCUACGCGGGAGGCAAUUGCUGGGAUGUUGUCAUUCAGCGAACAAUGUUAUUCAACCACCUCCAAUAAUACAUCGAAAUCUACGAAGGCUAGUAAAACGCGACGCACUGCAGAGGACGAGGAUGAUGAACAAUCGAUAGAAAAUAUCGAUAAAGUUCAUCAAGACGAUGAUUUUAUUUAUCCAGCUCUCGAUGCUUCGGACGAUGAAGAUUACAUUUUUAAACCUAAAGCGAAAAGUCAAAUAGAUGAGGCGUGGAAUCCGAAAGCCAGAGUCGGGCCACUUUUACCAAAGACGAAUCGUCCAGCUCGAGAAGGUGUAAAGAAAACGUCUGUCGAGAAAGGUCUUGAAGCAGCAGCAGCUAAACGUGCGAAACAAUCGGACGAUUAUCUGGAUAGCAACAUGGAUAAGGGCUUCAAGAAGAAAUUGAGUACAACUAAACGGACAUACAAUAAGAAAAAGCAGAAGAGUCCGCCUGUGACGUCAUCGAGUGGUGCGUCGACUACGUCUUCGGAAAAUACCGUAAAAACGAAUAUUGGAUUCGGUUCGAUCUUAACUAGCCCAAACAGGCUGAAAGAUGUUAAAGCGAAACUGGCAGCUCCAGUUCCAGUUGAACGAAAGCCAAAGAAAGGAAUGAAAACGGCUAAGCAGCGUUUAGGAAAAAUUCUAAAGCUUCAUAAAAUGAUGCACUAGAGCCGCGGUACUAUAUUAGGUAAGGAAUCAUAAACGGAACAAACUAUACGUCGCAUCACAUUCUUCAUCUGUGUAUAAAAAUCAUGUAAUAGGUGUACAUUACUGUGUAAAUAUACUCGAGUCGUUCAGACAGCGUAUCCACUUUUCACAUGAGAUCGAACAAUCUGUCAUAGUUUUCAUUUCGAAAUUUGCAAUCAUAUUUAUAUUUAUUAUUGCAGUAUUUAAUUUUAAAACUACGUAUUGUACGCUUUAAUACUUGACUUUUUAGGUGAAACGUCCUUUACGUAAUAGUGAUCGUUUUCUACAUGUUUCUUUAACUGUAUGUGCAUAUACAAGGUGUUUACUUAUCUGCCUGUCUUUAUUUACGCGAGGGCACUAAUAAAAUAGAGUGAUCUAUAAACUGAGAUAAAAUGAGGAACGAGAACAGAACAACUGUGUUUGACGCUCCAUUACUCUAGUAUGAGGGACAACUUUUAAUCUUUUAUGACUAACAAAUGGAACUGCAAACAUUCUUGGUCUUCGUUUUUGUCCGCAGAACACUCUUUUCUGUUUCUGCACUCCUAUAAGUAAACAUCCUGUAUGGAAUAUCAUGAAAAACAUUUAUUUUGUAACAAUUGGUAGGGAAAAUCAUUAUCAUAAGUGUAAAAACGAAGCAUUGUUAAAUUAUGUCUCUUUAACUACGUAUUACUUAUUUGGUAGUUAAAAUCAAUUUUUCUUAUAUGUACAACAUGAGUAUAUUAAUGAAAGUAAACGAAACAUAGGAAUGCUUAAUGUACUUUACAAAUGAUUCGAUAUCAUUCACCUUUAUUUCUACCAAAUAUGUAACUUUCUUUCAUAUUUACAUCACGUAUAACUGACUAUAAGAAUGACGAAAAUGUACAAACAUACAAUCAUGCGUAACGCGUAAUCUUUAAGCGUUAGCUGACAUCAAUUAUAUACAUAAGUAAUAUACAUUUUACAGUAAUCUAUCA